AGGCUGGUGUAUAUUGGUUGUUUCAGUCUAAUGCUUGGUUUGGUUUUUACUUAGCAACGUGAGGGAUCCAACCUUCUUUUCGAAACGCUCCUAUACUCACUUUCUGUGCUCAGAGUUUCACUUGUUUUCAUGGUUUUGCGUUCUCUGUAAAGACCAGAAAAAAUGGACUGGAAAUGGAGGCUACCCUUCUUCCUCUCACUCACUCUGCUGCUACUCUUGCGUCUUUCCUCUGCUCAGAUGAAAGGUUUUGUAAGUUUGGACUGUGGAGGUAAAGAAAAUUUCACUGAUGAAAUUGGUCUUCAAUGGACUCCUGAUGAUAAAAUGAGUUAUGGAGAAAUAAGCACUAUUUCAGUUACCAACGAGACACGGAAGCAAUACAUGACGCUACGGCACUUUCCUGCAGAUUCUAGAAAAUACUGCUACACACUUGAUGUUGUCAGUAGGACAAGGUACCUACUGAGGACAACAUUCUUGUAUGGGAACUUUGAUAGCAACAAUGUUUAUCCGAAAUUUGACAUUUCUGUUGGGGCUACUCAUUGGUCUACUAUUGUUAUAUCUGAUGCUAAUACUAUAGAAGUGAGAGAACUGAUAUUUUGGGCUUCAAGUCCCACAGUAAGUGUAUGUUUGUCAAAUGCAACAACAGGGCAACCAUUCAUAUCUACACUUGAACUCCGGCAAUUCAAUGGUUCGGUUUAUUAUACAGAUUAUGAGGAACACUUUUACCUCAGUGUCUCUGCAAGGAUAAAUUUUGGUGCAGAGAGCGAUGCCCCAAUCAGGUAUCCUGAUGACCCAUUUGAUAGAAUUUGGGAGUCAGAUUCUGUCAAGAAAGCAAAUUAUCUUGUUGAUGUUGCUCCUGGAACUACGAAAAUUUCCACCAAAGAACCAAUUGAUGUUAACAGAGAUGAAAUGCCACCGGGGAGAGUAAUGCAGACAGCUGUGGUGGGUACCAAUGGAUCUCUAACUUACCGAAUGAACUUGGACGGUUUUCCUGGUAUUGGAUGGGCAGUUUGCUAUUUUGCUGAGAUUGAAGAUCUGCCUCAAAAUGAAUCCAGAAAAUUCAGGCUAGUACUUCCAGGCCAGCCUGAUAUUAGUAAGGCUGUGGUAAAUAUUGAAGAAAAUGCUCUGGGAAAAUACCGCCUUUAUGAACCUGGUUAUACCAAUUUAUCCCUACCCUUUGUGCUGUCCUUUAGAUUUGGCAAAACAUCUGAUUCUACCAGGGGGCCUCUUCUAAAUGCCAUGGAGAUUAAUAAGUAUCUGGAGAAAAAUGGUGGCUCUCCUGACGGAGAAGCUAUAUCUAGUGUACUUUCACACUACUCUUCAGCAGACUGGGCACAGGAAGGGGGUGACCCAUGUUUACCUGUUCCAUGGUCAUGGAUCCGAUGUAGCUCGGAUAUACAGCCAAGAAUAGUUUCGAUUUUGUUGUCUAGUAAAAACUUAACAGGCAAUAUUCCUUUGGACAUCACCAAAUUGACUGGUCUGGUUGAACUAUGGCUUGAUGGAAAUAUGCUGACUGGCCCAAUACCAGAUUUUACAGGAUGCAUGGACUUAAAGAUUAUCCAUCUUGAGAACAAUCAAUUUUCGGGUGCGCUUCCAACCUCUUUGGUGAACCUUCCUAAAUUGAGGGAACUGUGGGUCCAAAAUAAUAUGUUAUCUGGAACUGUACCGUCUGAUCUUCUGAGCAAAGAUCUGGUUUUGAACUACUCUGGAAACGUCAAGCUUCAUAAAGGAAGCAGAAGAAAGAGCCACAUGUAUGCGAUUAUUGGUUCAGCAAUUGGGGCUGCUGUUUUACUUUUAGCUACUAUUAUAUCUUGCUUGUUUAUGCAUAAAGGAAAGAAAAAAUAUUAUGAGCAAGGCAACCUUAAUUCUCUCCCUUCUCAAAGUAUGGAUUUUUCAAAAGCCAAUGGUCCGGCAGAAGCUGCUCACUGCUUCAGUUUUUCUGAAAUUGAAAAUUCUACAAAUAAUUUUGAGAAAAAAAUUGGUUCUGGAGGUUUUGGAGUUGUUUACUAUGGGAAACUGAAGGAUGGAAAAGAGAUAGCAGUUAAAGUUCUGACCAGUAAUUCCUAUCAAGGCAAACGAGAGUUCUCCAACGAGGUGGCUCUUCUAUCAAGAAUACAUCACAGAAACCUGGUACAGCUUCUUGGAUAUUGCCGAGAAGAAGGGAAUAGUAUGCUUAUUUAUGAGUUCAUGCAUAAUGGAACUCUCAAGGAACAUCUCUACGGUCCAUUAACACACGGACGGAGUAUCAAUUGGAUCAAGCGACUCGAGAUUGCAGAAGAUUCGGCCAAAGGGAUUGAAUAUCUUCACACAGGCUGUGUUCCUGCAGUUAUCCAUAGAGACUUAAAAAGCAGCAACAUUCUUCUUGACAGGCAAUUGAGAGCCAAGGUUUCAGAUUUUGGUCUUUCAAAGCUUGCUGUUGAUGGAGUCUCCCAUGUCUCUAGCAUAGUUCGGGGCACAGUGGGAUAUCUGGAUCCUGAGUACUAUAUUUCCCAGCAGCUGACAGAUAAGAGUGAUAUUUAUAGUUUUGGUGUAAUUCUUCUUGAGCUGAUAUCUGGUCAGGAAGCAAUAUCUAACGACAGCUUUGGUGCUAAUUGCCGAAACAUAGUCCAAUGGGCAAAAUUACACAUUGAGAGUGGAGACAUACAAGGCAUCAUUGAUCCAGCGCUAGGAAACGACUAUGACCUGCAAUCAAUGUGGAAGAUAGCGGAGAAGGCAUUGAUGUGCGUUCAACCUCACGGACACAUGCGGCCAUCGAUUUCAGAAGUUCUGAAGGAAAUCCAAGACGCAAUUGCCAUUGAGAGAGAGGCCGAAGGGAACUCAGAAGAGUUGCCGGUAAGAAACUCCGGUCACGCUUCUUCCAUGAACAUGGGUUCUAUGGAUUUUUCCGCCACAGAGAAUUACAUCUCAAUUGAUGAAUCCAUUGCACAGCCUACCGCACGAUAGAACAAUGCAUCAUGUAUGUAAUGGCACAUUUUAUUCUUGUAUUCAAAUUUCAACAACUGAUUUUAACUGUAAAAGCAAUGUUUGGUUUGUUAAUAGAAAAAUCAUUUUUAGCUGGAUA